AUGCCGACACCAAAUCAGAUUGAUAAGCAGCUCCAAGGCUUCUUCGCCACGAACCAGGAAUUGACAGCUAUCCCUGAAGGCACCCGAACUGAGCACGGUUUCCGACAUAACAUCAGCGUUACCCUUGAUGGCUUCUAUGUUGACGGGAAAAAGGGAAUCCAAGUUUUAGGCUACCUCGAUUCAUGGCUGCGUGGUGUUGGCUGCGUACCUCUCUACAAUCUGAUGGAGGAUGCUGCCACAGCCGAAAUCAGCCGCUCCCAACUUUGGCAAUGGCUCAGGCACGAUGCUCGAUUAGAAGAUGGCCGAACAAUCGAUGCUCAAUUGGUCAAACAGACGAUCGCAGCCGAAACCGAAAGGCGACUUAUCCGAGCCGGAUCAGUUGUAAGCAGGUACUGUAACAAGUUUUCAGAAUUGUAUCCUACUGUUGAGGAAUUUGUACAGUGUUCAUUUCGUCGAUCAGUUCUAUCUAGUGUUAGGACCAUGUUUCUAGUUUCAGUGAUUGGCCCUAACCGAAGAGAUCCAAAGCCCACAUGGGAGGAGGCCGAUGUCACGUAG